AUGUCUGCAAAUAAUACUUUAUCACUUUCAUCCUCCGACGAGAACACACCACGCACUUUUCAGACUGUAUUCCGGGUUUCUCUCCCAGGGCAGAAACAAAAUGCAUUUCAUUCAAGAAGAGCUCACAAAAAGUCUCGAGCUGGUUGCUUGACAUGCAAGAAGAGACGAGUGAAGUGUGAUGAAGAGAAGCCAAAAUGUCAGAGAUGCAAAAACCGGGGUAUUGAAUGCUGCUAUUCCUCUGAUUUGGAAAGUACCAGCAAUGAUGAAAGAAAGGGAAUGUUUUCCCCAACUACUAUAAUUUCCUCUUUCGCAAUGGAAAAUAUUACGAAAAGCAUUCAGACUACAUUGAGCCUUGACCAGGACCAGGACUGGAGCCCAUUUGUCUUGCUGGAUAACAACUCCGAUCAUCCUAUCAGUACAAUCGCUUUCCAGCAUUUUGUGAGAUGUUCAACCGAUACAAUUGCUGUCCCUGCCAUUCGCGAUGUCAUGCGAACAGAUAUGAUACGCGUCGCAUUCACAAGUGAUCAUUUGAUGUACACAAUCCUCGCUGUCGCAAUGCUUCAUUAUAACCGCUACUCACCAAACAAAGGACGAUCUCUAGUAGAGUCCUAUUUUUGGCAAGCGGCAAUCGAGUCAUACCAAAAGGCCCUAUCUUCUCAAAUACGGCCCGAAAACGUGAAUGCCCUCUUAUCCACAUGCAUGCUCAUGGGAGUAAUGACAAUUUGUCCCGAGAAGUUCGAGCCAACAGACUCUUGGGUUCUUACAAACCGACCCGAAGCGAUGAACUGGCUUGCGUUGCAAAGUGGACUGAAAACCAUCUUGAAGCUUGCAUCUCCGUAUCUUUCUACAAGCAUCUGGGGUGAUGCUUUUAAAGAGGUUGAUAAGACUGGAGAUAAGAUUUUCAAACAGGAAGCUAAAGGACGAGAAGGUCUUGAUUCUGAUUUGGCAGACUUGUGUGGAAUUGAUGAUGAAAGCACCGAGAGAAACAAUGUUUAUUAUGCUCCUCUAGUCUACCUUUCUCAGUUGAUGAAGCUGGAGCAUAAUGGACCUAAUGCUGCGCAUUGUGCAUCGUUCAUGGGCAGGUUGGAGUGUGAUUUCCUGGCUCUUCUGAGGAGAAGAGAUCCACCUGCUCUUAUUAUUUUGGCAUAUUGGAUGGGGUUGAUGUGUUUGUUAUCUGAGUGGCAACCUUGGAUUGAAGGGAGGAUCAGGAAUGAAUGCGUGGCUAUCUGCAUGUUUCUGGAAUAUAGUACUGAUUCAAGGAUAUUGUUGCUAUUGCGGUUCCCGGCAGCUGCAUCUGGGUAUAAGAGCUAUUUAUGA